UGAUGGGACAGUUUUGCCACACUUCCAUUUGCGUGAGCAUUCUGAAGCCUUUUGGGCUUAAUGAAUAUUCAGGGACUUAUUUGUGGAGGUGAAAUUGGUGAUGGCUAGAGGUAGCCAUGAUGCGGCAGCGAGAGCUGAAAUAGCAUUCUUAGAGCAAGGCCUUAAGAAUUCCAACAACAUGCUCCAGCUGAUGAACACCACCAGCACAGAUGCCCAAGAGGUAGUACGGCAAUACAGGAUGGUCUUGAAAGCGCUGAUGGGCGUGAAAGGGAUGGAUGAGGAGAUAUGUGAAGCGCUCAAAGAGUUCAAGGACCAUUUUGAACCCGUUCAACUGUUGGGCGACGAAGUAGGUGCCGACGGUGAGUUUCAGGUAGGAUAUGCUGACGAGUGUGUUGAGAAGAAGGCAAAGGAGCGAGGGGUCUACUUCACCAACUCGAUGAAGGUUCUCGAGCGAUUUCAAGAUCCCGACAAGCAGAUGGAGGGUGGCAAAGGCCAAAGGAGUGCCAAGGCGCCACGGCCAGCUGCGUGGGAGAAAGAGCUGGAUAUGUCUCCAAACUCCAGACAGAAAGCUCGACAGCAGAACUAUGCGAUGGACUCUGCAAAAACUUUGUGGGAACAGAUCAAGGCGAUCUGUGAUGAUAUCUUAAAUCCGCUUGACUGAAUCGCCGCACCUGUACAGAAAAAUGCCAUUAGAUUUCAAAAUUGAAUUUGCAGUCUUGACUCCCUCGACCCAAUGACAAUGGAC